AUGCACGAUACGAGAUACGAGAUACGAGAUACGAGAUACGAGAUACGAGAUACGAGAUACGAGAUACGAGAUACGAGAUACGAGAUACGAGAUACGAGAUACGAGAUACGAGAUACGAGAUACGAGAUACGAGAUACGAGAUACGAGAUACGAGAUACGAGAUACGAGAUACGAGAUACGAGAUACGAGAUACGAGAUACGAGAUACGAGAUACGAGAUACGAGAUACGAGAUACGAGAUACGAGAUACGAGAUACGAGAUACGAGAUACGAGAUACGAGAUACGAGAUACGAGAUACGAGAUACGAGAUACGAGAUACGAGAUACGAGAUACGAGAUACGAGAUACGAGAUACGAGAUACGAGAUACGAGAUACGAGAUACGAGAUACGAGAUACGAGAUACGAGAUACGAGAUACGAGAUACGAGAUACGAGAUACGAGAUACGAGAUACGAGAUACGAGAUACGAGAUACGAGAUACGAGAUACGAGAUACGAGAUACGAGAUACGAGAUACGAGAUACGAGAUACGAGAUACGAGAUACGAGAUACGAGAUACGAGAUACGAGAUACGAGAUACGAGAUACGAGAUACGAGAUACGAGAUACGAGAUACGAGAUACGAGAUACGAGAUACGAGAUACGAGAUACGAGAUACGAGAUACGAGAUACGAGAUACGAGAUACGAGAUACGAGAUACGAGAUACGAGAUACGAGAUACGAGAUACGAGAUACGAGAUACGAGAUACGAGAUACGAGAUACGAGAUACGAGAUACGAGAUACGAGAUACGAGAUACGAGAUACGAGAUACGAGAUACGAGAUACGAGAUACGAGAUACGAGAUACGAGAUACGAGAUACGAGAUACGAGAUACGAGAUACGAGAUACGAGAUACGAGAUACGAGAUACGAGAUACGAGAUACGAGAGAUACGAGAUACGAGAUACGAGAUACGAGAUACGAGAUACGAGAUACGAGAUACGAGAUACGAGAUACGAGAUACGAGAUACGAGAUACGAGAUACGAGAUACGAGAUACGAGAUACGAGAUACGAGAUACGAGAUACGAGAUACGAGAUACGAGAUGCGAGAUAGAUCAGGAUAA